AUGGAUACGACAUAUGCUCUUCUAUUGAUCAUAUUUUUCCCAACUUCUAAUAAAUUAGCAAUAUCCACGAGCAAUACUAUAAUUAAAUUAGUAGCUACACUAUCAAAUGUCAAAAGUCAUCCAUGUCAGCAACCUCUUCAACGUGGUAACUGUUCACAAAGAAUUCCACUCUUUUAUUACAGUAACCGUGACCAUGAAUGUCGAAGAUUUAUUUACAGCGGUUGCAAUGGAAAUGAAAAUCGUUUUUUGAGUCGACGACAAUGUCAUGCAAAAUGUAGUAGAAAGCUGAAAUUUCACGUGAAACAACCUUCCUCCACCAUUUGCAAUCAACGAUUUGAUCCGCUAUGCCGUCAGACUACGUUAACUGCACGAGCUUGGAUAAUACGUUAUUUUUAUGACAUUGAUGAAAAUCGAUGUCGAAGCUUUUGGUAUGGUAAUUGUAAUGGAUCCGAAAAGAAUCAAAAUAUAUUUGCUAGUGAGCAGGAAUGUAAAUUACAGUGCGUGCGGAAAAAACAGCACAAAUUAAAGAAGAAGCCGAAAAAUGGAAUCUUAAGAAAAAAAUGUUUUUUAAAAUUUAACAAGAAUCUAUACAGUGGUUGUAAAACAUUCGAUUGGCGUCCACGAUUUUUCUAUAAUCAAACAAGUUCAAAAUGUGAAAUGUUUUGGUAUGAUGCUUCAUGCUCGAAAACUCUUAAAGUUACCAAUAUAUUUUAUCAUCGCGGCGCUUGCAAGAGAUUAUGCGAACAGACCGAACAAACUACACGACCACAACAAACAGGUACACGUCGUAUUGGACAAAUUUCGGCAAUGUUUUCACAAUCAUACAAUUCAAUGAGAUCAAAUGGCCAUCGAAAAUUGAUACGAAUGAAAAAUAUUUUUGAUGCUAAUUCAAAUCCUACUAGUGACCUUUCCCGAAUACGUGUGAUCCAGACGUACGUUAAUAAUGCUCCAGCAAAUGAUAAUAUCAGCAAUUUUGAUUUUCAUAUAUUGAGUGCUGAUCCUCCCCGUUCUCUUCGGAAAGUUUAUCCGAGAGCAGUAAAGAAAGAUGAUGAUGUUGCAAUGUAUCAUUUCAAUCAGUUUGUACCUAUUUUAUCAGAAACAUCAGAAUGCGGUGAAUUUGAUUCAAAACUAGCCGAUACAAGUAUCACACUUAUCAUUCUCUUAUUCAGAAUCUUUUCUUCAGAAUUAAGAAAUAAUAUGGAAAUGAAUUGUCUUUUACCGCUUGAUGGUGGCGAACGAUUUGAAGGAAAAGAAUGUGCGGAAAAAGCUGGAAUGCGAUAUUAUUAUAAUCAGAAGAAUGAACGCUGUGAGCGGUUUUGGUAUUCCGGAUGUGCUGGUAAUGAAAAUCGUUUUUAUGAUUUGCCUACUUGCGAAACUGUUUGCCAACAUAUUCCAAUGAAUAACGAAUAA